AUGGGCAUCGAGGCAAACCGCCCUGACGACUUCUAUGCUGAGAUGCUCAAAACUGAUCAACAGAUGGGCAAGAUCCGAGAGAACCUCGCUGAUCAACAGAAGCGCAUUGAAAUCGUGGAGGACAGGAAGCGGAAACAGGCCGAGAAAAAGUUUGGGAAGAAGAUGCAGGUGGCAGCAGCUCAGGCCCGUGCUGCUCAGAAACGUGAGAAUUUGGCAGAGAUCGAGAAGUGGAAAGAGGCCAAGGGGGAAGAUGAAUCCGCCAGUGUUGGAAAGACUUUGGAAAAGGUCUCCAAGAAGGGCGCUCAGCGGUCGGCUGAGAUGGAAGGUGCUAGUCACGGCAAGGGAGGGAAGGGUGGCAAGGCUGGCAAGGGUGGCAAGGGUGGCAAGGGAAGAGUGAAUAAGAAACGCGUUGCUAAGGACAAGAAAUACGGCCAGGGUGGGCCUAAACGAGUGUUGAAGAACAACUCAGCCGACAGUUGCCGUGACGUCUCUUCUUUUAACGCCUCUAAGCAUUCCCCCAUGGGUAAGGGGAAAGGGAAGGGGAAAGGAAAGGGUGUUAGGAAGCCUAUCAAGAAGGGCGCUGCUGCUGCUGCUGCUGGAAAACGCUGA